AUGUAUGAAUCUGCAAUCUAUGGUUCACGGCGUGUAGAUUUUGAGUGGACUAUCUCAAAAAUGCUAGUCAAAUUCGUUUUCCCGUCUAGACGAUCCCUUGAUAAUCGGGAAGUAUGCCGGGUUCAUUUGUUCGAAAAAACAAAAUCUUACACAGUUGAAUAUCUACAGGCCAAAGUGCGAGAGGUGACAAAUUUGAAGAAAAAUGUGGUGUUCAAAUUCUUCUUUAAAGAAAACUCUGACUUCAUAGAGCUGGCUACCGAUGCGGAUGUCAGUAACUACUUUAAACGAGUCUUUGGCGACGAAUGCCCUCGUGUGUAUGUCGUCCCAUGUCCGAAAUCAAACGUCAAACCUCUCAAUUCAUUUUUCAACUACUGUUAUGCUCACGAACUACCCAAGAUAACAGAGAGAGUAAACGAUCGGUUGACUUCCUCAUUUGCCGACCCUUGGAUGACAACACCGUGCAAAUUGUGUGAAAAGGAAGACUGGAACGAAGAACGGUACACGUGCAUCUUCUGCCCAAACGUGGUUUUGUGUCCACAAUGUUUUUACACUGGUUAUCAUCCUGAUCACCCCAUCAUAGUUACCAGAGACACCAAGGCGUUUUCACGGCAAUUCCUCAAGCUUGCCAGAGUGAUUGUUGCAACUAUACCCUGGUAAUGAACUCUGAUGACUCGGUACGAACCGAACGUUUACAAAAUCGCUGUAUCGCUUAGCCCAAUUCCUGCUUCAAAACACCCGGAACGCUAUGGUUCAUGAACUUGUUUUCAUUUAUAUAUUUUUAACUAAUCACGCAUCAAUCGAAUUGUCUACCUGUUGUGUCACUUUAUGCUGAAAACGGAACCGAUAAAUAAAUUGUAAGUCACGAGGACUGCAAAAUACCGUCGGGAAA